AUGGGCGGCCGCCGCCGGGCUCGCCCCACCCACGGGGUCCCGGUCCCGGCCCGGCGCCAAUCCCGGGAGCUCGGGACCCUCCAGCCCCCCGAGGGUGACCCCCAGAUCCCGGGUGGUUGGGCCCCCUAUCCCCCGAGGGUGACCCCCAGAUCCCGGGAGCUCGGGACCCUCCAGCCCCCCGAGGGUGACCCCCAGAUCCCGGGAGCUCGGGACCCUCCAGCCCCCCGAGGAUCCCGGGAGCUCGGGUCCCCCAGCCCCCCCGAGGGUGACCCCCAGAUCCUGGGUGCUCGGGUUCUUCCAGCCCCUCCGAGGGUGACCCCCAGAUCCCGGGAGCUCGGGACCCUCCAGCCCCCCGAGGGCGACCCCCAGAUCCCGGAGCUCGGGACCCUCCAGCCCCCCGAGGGUGACCCCCAGAUCCCGGGAGCUCGGGACCCUCCAGCCCCCCGAGGAUCCCGGGAGCUCGGGACCCCCAGCCCCCCCCCGAGGGUGACCCCCCAGAUCCUGGGUGCUCGGGUUCUUCCAGCCCCUCCGAGGGUGACCCCCAGAUCCCGGGAGCUCGGGACCCUCCAGCCCCCCGAGGGUGACCCCCAGAUCCCGCCCCCUGAGGGUGACCCCCAGAUCCUGGGUGCUCGGGUUCUUCCAGCCCCUCCGAGGGUGACCCCCAGAUCCCGGGAGCUCGGGACCCUCCAGCCCCCCGAGGGUGACCCCCAGUCCCGGGAGCUCGGGACCCUCCAGCCCCCUGAGGGUGACCCCCAGUCCCGGGAGCUCAGGACCCUCCAGCCCCCCGAGAGUGACCCCCAGAUCCCGGGAGUUCGGGUCCCUCCAGCCCCUCUGAGGGUGACCCCCAAUCCCGGGAGUUCGGGUCCCUCCAGCCCCUCCGAGGGUGACCCCCAGAUCCCAGGAGCUCGGGACCCUCCAGCCCCCCGAGGGCGACCCCCAGAUCCCGGGAGCUCAGGUUCCACAGCCCCCGAGGGCGACCCCCAGAGUCCCAAAGGCCUCAGGUGCCCCCAGGCCCCCCGGGGGUGA